AUGUCCAACAGCAGCUCCCUCAACAAGUUCCUCCUCCUGGCAUUUGCAGUCACGCGGGAGCUGCAGCUCUUGCACUUCUCGCUCUUCCUGGGCAUCUACCUGGCUGCCCUCGUGGGCAAUGGACUCAUCAUCACAGCUAUAGCCUGCGACCACCGCCUCCACASCCCCAUGUACUUCUUCCUCCUCAACCUCUCUGUCCUUGACCUUGGCUCCAUCUCCACCACUSUCCCCAAAUCCAUGGCCAACUCCCUCUGGAACACCAGGGCCAUUUCCUACUUGGGAUGUGCUGCCCAGGUYUUAAGUUAUUCCUUUCUCAUGUCAUCUGAGUAUUCUCUCCUCACAGUCAUGGCCUAUGACCGCUUUGUGGCCAUCUGCAGACCCCUGCACUAUGGGAGCCUCCUGGGCAGCAGAGCUUGUGUCCAAAUGGCAGCAGCUGCCUGGGCCGGUGGCUUUCUCAAUGCUCUCCUGCACACUGGGAACACAUUUUCCAUUCCGUUGUGCCAGGGCAAUGAGGUGGAUCAGUUCUUCUGUGAGAUCCCCCAGAUCCUCAAGCUCUCCUGCUCACACUCCUAUCUCAGGGAAGCUGGGCUUACUGGGCUUAGUGCCUCUUUAUUCCUUGGUUGUUUCAUUUUCAUUGUUUGGUCGUAUGUGCAGAUCUUCAGAGCUGUGCUGAGAAUCCCCUCUGAGCAGGGCCGCCACAAAGCCUUUUCCAUGUGCCUCCCGCACCUGGCUGUGGUCUCCCUCGUUGUCAGCACUGGCAUGUUUACCUACCUAAAGCCCUCCUCCAUCUCCUUCCCAGUUCUAGAUCUAGUAGUGACUGUUCUUUAUUCAGUGGUGCCUCCAGUACUGAACCCCCUCAUCUACAGCAUGAGGAAUAAGGAGCUCAAGAUUGCCUUGAGGAAACUUUUCUCAUGGACAUUUUUCAGCAGUAGUAACAUUUCCAUCCCUCUCCAGAAAUGA